AGAUUCUCGACAGUCCGCGUUAAAUAGGCCGCCCCGCUCGCCUUCCACUCCUCGUUCCCACACCCCUCACCGCGUCCGCCUCCCCUACCAUCUAGGGUUUCUAGGGUUUUCGAGGAGGAGGAAAUGGCGUCUGAUAGGGUGCUCGGGACUGUGAAGUGGUUCAACGGAACCAAGGGCUUCGGUUUCAUCACCCCCGACGACGGUAGCGAGGACCUAUUCGUCCACCAGUCCUCCAUCAAGUCCGACGGCUACCGCAGUCUUAACGACGGCGAUGCCGUCGAAUACACCGUCGGCAGCGGCAACGACGGCCGCGCCAAGGCCCUCGAUGUCACCGCGCCCGGCGGCGGCCCGCUUGCCGGCGGGGAACGUCCCGACGGCGGCAACGGCGGUGGGCGAGGCGGAUACGGCGGCGGCGACCGCGGUUACGGCGGCGGCGGUGACCGCGGCUACGGGGGAGGAGGCGACCGUGGCUACGGCGGCGGCGACCGUGGUUACGGUGGAGGUGGCGACCGCGGCUACGGCGGCGACCGUGGCUACGGGGGAGGCGGCGGCUAUGGCGGUGGGUACGGUGGAGGCGGCGGUGGAGGCGGCCGCGGCUGCUUCAAGUGCGGCGAGGAGGGCCACAUGGCAAGGGACUGCUCCCAGGGCGGCGGCUACGGAGGGGGAGGCGGCGGCGGCCGCGGCAGCGAGUGCUACAACUGCGGCCAGGAGGGCCACAUCUCCCGCGACUGCCCCAACAAAAGGCGUUAGGCGCGGCGCCACCGUCGCGUCGGAUCCGGCGGAGUCCCAUGUCGCCUCUCGCCGCUUCCCUACCCCUCCAAAGGUAUCGCUCGGCUGACUCUUGCGUGAAGUCGUCGGAGCAAACUAUCUAUCAGUAGUACUAGCAGUGUCGUUUCGUUUUGGUCUGUCGUGGCGUGGUAGUAAGAAAUGCAAGUGAGCAGCACCAGUAUCUUUCCGUUUGAAUCAGUUGUAAGGCAGUCAUGGUCAUGGUUGGCUCUGCCGGAUCUAUCUGUCAUGAACUAUCUAUAUUAUAUCAUUAUCAAUGUUAUGCAA